ACCGUAACUGUAACGCGCGCAGCUCUUGUCUCUCACCUCCAUGUCACCAACGCUCGAUAUCGGACGUCAGUGCGCUGUUUGUCCUCAGGUUGACUUCUUACCCAUACGUUGUGACUGCGAGAAAUAUUUCUGUAAGGACCAUAUAACCCCCGACGCCCACGCCUGUCCAGCCAUUGCGCACAAAGCCCAGGUUGACUUUGACGCAAAGUUGCAACGGUGCCAUCUGGAGCUGUGUAAAAAGCCCAGCCUCAAACUUUCCUCCGAUUCUUCUGUAUGUUGCCCGCAUUGUGCACAAAACUUUUGUGUAGAACACCGGCAUCCGAGUACUCACAAUUGUACAGUCCUCCCUCCUGUUCUACCAAAGAACGAAGCUGCUCGUACACUUCUCGCGAAACACUUCCCUUCGACUUCUUCACAAAAGUCGAGAACAUCGCCCAGUCUUAACAAUCCAACCAAAGCCAACGAUGCGAAGUCGGCUCAGCUUCGGAAGCUCAACGCAAUGAAAAUGCGGCACAAAGCCAUCCCAGUUGAUCCACAGGAGAAAGCCACUGUUCCCGUAGAACAACGUCGCUUCGUAAAAGCAAAACUCGAGGAGGCCGGUGAGGAGAAGGUGUUUUGGACACGGAAGACGAUUUCUAUCGGGAGGUUCUUCGAUUUACUAGCCGCCAGACUAGCGGUUCCCGUGUCUCGAUUGAACCAAUAUCGACUCUACAGAUGUGCAGGCGAUCGACGAGUCCCACUGGAAAACGAUAAAAUGUUCGCGGACGAAGUGGACGAUGGAGCACUGUUGGUCGUGGUUCCCCACAACCUGAACAAUGAAUGAUUAAUGAGACCUCGCGCACCCAAUGAUAAUCAAGUUGCUGUUGCUUUGUAUCUAAGCACAAGUCACAAAGACACUCCUCGAUACCAUGACAGCAAUUGACAGAUGUAAUAUUCUGUCUUCCGUUUCCCCCAGCCAUGGCUGACAUCCAGCACACGUCAAUGGGACCAAAGGAUCCCCUCUCGAUAUCUCAUCUAGCCCAAAAGAGAGCCACGCACCCACGUCCAUACGCAAGCUUCUCAACGCAGCCAGGUUGGGUGUGUCCCGGUCAUUUGGACGCAGGUCCAGGAAAUGAAGGAUGCCGGCUUGUUUUACUUCAUAUCCAAAUCAUUGAACGUAUGGCAUAAGAAUGAUACAUGAGGAUACGAUCAAUGGACGGAGGGUCUGGGACCUGGGAAAGACCAUGUGGUAAUUCUGAAGCAGUAUGCUAGUGCAUUUCUUGGAACCAGUUUGGCUUCAACAGUGGUGAUUUGUGGUGUCAGCACGGUUCAGGCCAAUGGCGAGCACAUGUAUCUGAUCCAUCUAUUUCAGUGCCAUAUGAUGAUUCACAUACAGGUUGCGGCAAUCGAAGCGCAGAAAUACAUAACGCAAAUCUAUUUGACUUGCAUGCUACAUAUGUAGACGUCGUAUCAGAGAAAGAUGCCAUUGACAAGCUUGAAGCCGGGUGCAAGCAUAUCUAGAGUCGAGAAGCUGGGAUACAGGUCGCGAUAGCAGAACUACGGGUCAAAGAAUUUAAUUAUAAAGGGGCGUCCUCUUGCCGUUUGUCCUGUGAAAGUUGUGCAGAUAAGUAUGUAAUUAUACCAAUGCCAACACGAUUCCCUGC